CAAAAAAUUUUAAAGACAGUUUCUUGAAAAAUUCUUUUGAAUCGCUAAUGAAAAAAAUGACAGGAUAAGUAGAUACUGCAAGCACACCCGGCCGAAAAUUAUGUCGUCUGCUGCCGAAGGAGAAGCGUCACGCAUGCGCAAGCAAAUGGUAGUCAUGCAAGUGCUUGAGCUUGGCGUCUGCUGCUACGCGCCUGCUCUGCCUGCUAACUAUAUGUUUUCAAAUCAAGCUGCGCUACAGAUGUAGUGUCUAUCAUUAGCAAGAAUGUCAGUGUUACAAGUGUACCUGAGCUGGGUCAAUUCAGUUCUCCGUGAGUCUAGCCGGCCAGUGGACAAUGUGGCAGCUUUGCAGGAUGGACGCAUUAUGUGUGAGCUCAUCGAUGCCCUCGCACCGAACGCCGACCUUGUGGCCAAAGCACAGGGCUCAGGAUCUUCACAGCAGCAAGUUUACAUUCAAAUGGUCUUGAAUCACAUGAAGGAAAAUGACAUCAAAGUCACUGUAUCUGCACAGGAUGUAAUAGAUGGUGACAUCAAGUCAAUUCUUGAUCUGAUGUGGCUUCUGAUUCUUAAUUAUGGAGUUCAUUCUAUUGGUCAGAAUGCCUAUCAACGUAGUGUAGGCAUUGGCAAAAGGAAUCUUCUUGAGUGGUGUCAAAAGGAACUGGAAGUUGCCUUUGAUCAUAGAAAUACCUUGACAUUAAACCUCUGCACAGGAAACUGGUUUAUCAAACUGCUGCAUAAGUUUGCAGGAUACCACAUUCAAGAGUCAGAGGACAAAGUAUCUUAUUUAUAUAAGCUGUUAGAAGAGAUAGAGGAGCGGUAUGGCAUUCGGCGUACCAUCAUCAGCUCUAAUGACAUUGUUGAUGGCACAGUUGAUGAACAUGCUUUGAUGAUUUACUUGUCAUUGCUAAAGAAAAGGGUUUACAGUGCUGGCAGACAGUCAAGACGAGAGAUGUUUAGUGUAGACGGAAAAGAAGCAGCAAUGUCCCGGAUUCAGGAGAGGAACCGAUCUCUGUCAUCAGAAGCAGAGCAGUCCAGGAAACAAAUGGAUGACAUGUCCAGUCCAGAACGUGAAGACACAUCUGACAGAGUAUCUUCACGGGAUAACUCUCUCUCACCACCACCCCUCAAAGAAAACAUACCCAGUCAAAGUUUGGACUCAGCAGAAACUUCUGAUUGGCUUUCUUCUUCCCCCAAUUCCUUGGUUGAGACCAAGGACAGGGUAGCUGCAAACAAACACAGCAGCUCUCUGCAAGCAGAUGCUGAGCAGGUGCUGCAGCAGACGAUCAAGCGAACGAGUCAAGCAGCACUUUCCACAGUUCGACAGAGAUGAUGACAAGGAUACUGAUGCUACUCACAAUCACAG